AUGCCCAUCGCUGGGUACACAUACGCUGCCCUGAGCAAACACCCCCAAGUCCUCCACAGCAUCCGAGAAGAACACAACACUCUCUUCGGCACUGACCCCUCCGCCGCAGCAAAUGUCCUCCGCAACGACGCCAAUAUCAUAAGCAACCUCCCCUGCACCCUCGCCGUCAUUGAAGAAGCUCUCCGCCUCUAG